CUUUAGUUGGUUCUACUCUCCAGGAGUGUCGCUUGUUAUUUGGGGGAGGCGCUGGAGCCAUUUCACCACAUGAAAUCCCGAUGAACGAACGACCAGCGAUAUCAAAGUAGUUCUGGGAGCAGAGGAAUCCGCGUUAAGCUCUGGUCGACCUUCCCCCUCCGUGAACCAAACCAAACUUCAACUCUCGCGCACACGCACGCCAGGCUGAGAGCAGAACGCGAGCACCGCGUGCACAUAGGACUCGAACAGAGCAAGUGAACACAGGGCUCGAACAGACAUUUUUCUGGGCUCUGUUGUUACCCCUCUCGUUUUUUCUCUCCGUUUCGUGGAUGUUGAACGGAUAUUGGGGAUUCUAUGAUAUUCUUGCUCGGUGUUCGGCGGCGAGAAGAGAAGUUUGGUUGUUUGCCUAGUCGCUGCUGGAGGAGGUGGAGGCGGGAGAAAAGUGGGGUUAAAGUGGGGGAAGAUGGUGUGUGGUGCCGCUGUGAGGAGAGGCUCGCUGUUCGUCCUGGUACUUUACCUCGGGUUCGGCUCUACGCCGUGCACAGCCCGGGUCUACACCAACCACUGGGCGCUGAGGAUAGCCGGGGGGCCGGACGCCGCCGACCGGAUAGCGGAAAAAUACGGCUAUAGGAACAUGGGACAGAUCGGCGAUCUGACGGACCUCUACCACUUCUUCCAUAGCCGGACCAUCAAGAGGUCGACGCUGUCCAGCCGCGGACACCAUAGUUUCAUUUCAAUGGAACCCAAGGUGGAGUGGAUCCAACAGCAGGUGGUGAAGAGAAGGAUCAAGAGGGAUUACAAGCAGGUCCCUCCCCUUUCCCUCACAAGCCCAGCCAACUCCAGUCCAGCCCAAAACAACAUCUUCUAUAAUGACGGAAAGUGGAACAGUAUGUGGUAUAUUCACUGUAACGAUGACGUGCACAACUGCCAGUCAGACAUGAACAUCAUGGGGGCGUGGAAGAGGGGCUACACGGGGAAGGACGUGGUGGUCACCAUCCUGGACGACGGCAUCGAGCACAACCACCCAGACCUCCUCCACAACUACGACCCGCAGGCCAGCUUUGACGUCAACGGUAACGACAUGGACCCCAUGCCCCGCUACGACGCCAGCAACGAAAACAAGCACGGGACGCGGUGUGCGGGUGAGGUGGCGGCGGCAGCUAACAACUCCCACUGCGUGGUGGGGAUCGCCUACAACGCCCGGAUAGGAGGUGUGCGCAUGCUGGAUGGCGAUGUGACGGACAUGGUGGAAGCGAAGUCCCUCAGCCAUCAACCACAGCACAUCGACAUCUACAGCGCCAGCUGGGGCCCCGACGAUGACGGCAAGACAGUGGAUGGACCCGCGUCGCUGGCCAGACAGGCCUUUGAAAACGGCAUUCGCAUGGGAAGGAAGGGCCGGGGCUCCAUCUUUGUCUGGGCGUCGGGUAACGGCGGCCGCAGCCGGGACCACUGCUCGUGCGACGGCUACACCAACUCCAUCUAUACCAUCUCCAUCUCCAGCACGGCCGAAAGCGGCCGAAAGCCUUGGUACCUGGAGGAGUGCUCCUCCACGCUCACCACCACCUACAGCAGCGGGGAGAACUACGACCGCAAGAUUAUAACAACAGACCUGAGGCAUCGGUGCACCGACAGUCACACAGGGACGUCUGCCUCAGCCCCCAUGGCCGCAGCUAUCAUCGCCUUGGCUCUAGAAGCAAACCCGGUGCUGACUUGGCGGGACGUGCAGCACAUCAUCGUGAAGACUUCCAGAGCAGGACACCUCAAUGCGCCCGACUGGAAGACCAAUGCAGCUGGUUAUAAUGUCAGCCACUUGUACGGCUUCGGCCUGAUGGACGCAGAGGCCAUGGUGAAGGAGGCGGAGCGAUGGAAGCAGGUUCCUGCCCAGCACAUCUGCGUGGAGAGCGCUGACCGACAGAUCAGAACCAUCCGAUCGGAACACGUUGUGCGCUCCGUGUACAAAGCCACAGGCUGCACCGACAACCCCAACCACCGUGUCAUCUACCUGGAGCACGUGGUCGUGCGCAUCACCAUCACGCACCCCCGCCGCGGGGACCUGUCCAUCAACCUCACCUCACCCUCUGGGACCAAGUCUCAGCUGCUGGCCAACAGGUUGUUUGACCAUUCCUCAGAGGGCUUUAAGAACUGGGAGUUCAUGACCACCCACUGUUGGGGAGAGAAGGCGGCCGGGGACUGGGUCCUGGAGAUCUACGACUCGCUGUCUCAGCUCAGGAGCCAGAAAGUCCCAGGCAAACUGAAGGAGUGGUCUCUGGUGCUUUAUGGAACCUCGGUGCACCCGUACUCCUCACCACACAGCGAGAAACCCCGGUCCAUGGACCCUCCUGUGGAGUUCAACGGCCCAUGUCACUCUGAAUGCAAUGAGAAUGGCUGCGAGGGCCCAGGACCCCACCACUGCAUCAACUGCCUCCACUACUUCUUCAAGUUCAAGAACAACACAAGGAUGUGCGUGUCCGAGUGCCCCAGUGGGUUCUUCCGUGAUGACAGACGUCGCUGCAAGAAGUGCUCCUCGCUGUGUGAGAUGUGCGUUGGUAGCCGUAGUGACCAGUGUACCACAUGCAGGCCAGGCUUCCAUCUCAACGAGGGCUCCAACACCUGCGUGGCCAGCUGCUCAGAUAGUUUCUUCCUUGAUCAUGACUCCAACAUCUGCCGGAGGUGUACAGAGAGCUGCAAAAGGUGCUCGGCUGCCAACAUCUGCACGGAGUGUAAACCUGGAAUGAGUCUCCAAGGAAACAAGUGUCAGGUGACCUGUGACCCCGGGACGUAUUACAACGGUCACAGACGGGCGUGUGAGACCUGCAACCAGGCCUGUGCCAGCUGUGCAGGGACGGGCGUUGAUGGAUGCACCAAGUGCGCUGAAGGCUACAUGAUGGAGGAAUGGCGCUGCGUCCUGACCUGCAGCAUCGGCUACUACCGGGCAGAGCAGACAACCGACGGACAGCACCAGAGGACCUGCAAGCGGUGUGACCAUAGCUGCUACGAGUGUGCAGGGCCGGGCGAGCGGAACUGCACCACCUGUGUUAGCGGCUACACCUUCGAGGACGGAGUCUGCUUGGUCAGCACCAUCUGUAAAGAUGGGCAGUACCUGAGUCACAGCGGAAAGUGUCACCCGUGUGAUGUCAGCUGUGGGCGGUGCGGGGGCCCGGAGCGCGACGACUGCAUCAGCUGCCCCGACUCCAGGUUUUUCGACGAUGGCCGCUGUGAAUUUUUUUGCAGGAGGGGACACUAUGCCAUGGAUAGGCAGUGCGAUCUCUGCCACCACACCUGCCAUGAAUGUAAUGAAGACAGUCUUUUCAACUGCACCAGUUGUGAAAAAGAUAAGUUUGGCAUGCAGCGGUACCUCCUACGGGGAGAGUGCCGCGCCUCGUGUCCCGAGGGGACCUUCCACGCGUCAGGGGGCCGCUGUGAGCCGUGCGCUGCGGACUGCGCUGUGUGCGCGGCCCUGGAGUUCUGCCUCCGCUGCAGGCCAGGACUCAGCAGCCGAGACGGCCGCUGCCUCCCACUGCUGUGUGCAGACGGGGAGAGGACAUGGUGGCAUCCUCUAGGUGAGGUAGCAGAUCCAAAGACUGAUGACUGCCAACCCUGCGAGGAGGGUUGUAAGAAAUGCCAACAUACAGACAAAGAUGGGAAACCAGCAACACUUUGUAUGAGCUGUGAAGGCGAGUACUACAAGUGGGGGUCUGACUGCUCCCGGUUCUGUCCAGAGCGAUCCUUCAAUGUGGAGGACUCAAUGGUGUGUUAUCCUUGUGAGGAUCAGCACUGCAUCAACUGUGACCAGAGCCAGUGCUACUGGUGUGAAGAAGGCUUCUCCAUCCUGGACGGUGAUUGCGUGGACUAUUGUAAGAAUGGCUUCUUCAUGGAUGCCACAGAACAUGAGUGUGAGCCAUGCCAUGUGUCCUGCCGCGCCUGUGGAGGACCGCAGUACAACGACUGUGACCAGUGUGAGGACGGCCUCACCCUGACCGCCGGCACCUGUCUGGAGCAGCAGACAUGGGCGCUAUGUCCCGAGAAGCAGUAUAAAAAUGACCAGGGUGUUUGUGAGGGGUGCCAUCCCUCCUGUAAGACGUGCACUGGACUAGAGAAGAGAGACUGCCACACCUGUCCACCAGGUCGUUUUCUGACUGGCCAGCAGUCCUGCGUCUUCCAGUGCCCAUCAUCUUGGUUCGCUAACCAGACGUCCGGCCGCUGCCAGAGCUGCCUGCCUGGGUGUGAGAUGUGUCUGGACUCCCUGAGCUGUGUCCAAUGCCACAAUGGAUCCGCCGGGCUCUACCUGCAGGACGGGCAAUGUGUGAACAACUGUGACAGGGGUUUUUUGUUGGAGCAGCAGUGCCAUCCCUGUGCUCCAGAGUGUACCUCUUGCAUGCUGAACGCCUCCCACUGUCUCAGCUGUGCUGCUCAGUACCUUCUGUUCGACCACACCUGCCUGGGCCACUGUCCCCUGGGCUUCUAUGCCCAGGAGGUCCACUGUCUGCCGUGCCCCCCAGACUGCAGGAGGUGCAGCGACGACGGCCUCUGUCAAGAAUGUGCUCAGUUCUUCUUCCUGCACCAGGACACGUGUGUAGGCGCCUGUCCUGGUGGAUAUUAUGCCAGCGAGCAGGAGUGCAUGCAUUGCCAUGGCAACUGCAUCUCAUGUAAUGGGCCAGAAUCGGACGACUGCACAUCGUGCCAGAACCCCAAGGCUGUGCGUUACUGCGGAGAGUGUCUGAAUCAAUGUCCCUUGAGUACCUACUAUGAUCAGCACACCGAUAAAUGCCGUGACUGCGCAGAGUCGUGUCUGACCUGCUCAGACCACGAGUCCUCCUCCUGCCUGAGCUGUAAGGACAACAGACGUCUAGACGAGAUGGGCCACUGCGUGUGGUACAGCCAGUGCUCCGUGCACACCUACAUUGAUGAGAAAGGCCAGUGCCUGCUGUGUGACCCACUCUGCCACCGCUGCUCAGGGCCUGGGAAGGGCCGCUGCCUCAACUGCGCUACUCUCUUCCUUCUGAACAACACCUGUAUUGAGGAGUGUCCUGCUGGUUACUACGGAGAUAGAGAGGAGAUGGCGUGCAAGCGAUGUCACGAGAGCUGUGUGUCGUGUGUGGGACGACACAGUGUAGAGUGUGUGACCUGUAAACCUGGCCAGUUCUACCAUGGGCAGAGCUGUGUGGAGAGCUGCUCAGAGGGUCAUUACAGCAACACCACCUCUGGGUUCUGUGAGCGCUGCGAGCCGUCCUGCAGCCGGUGUUCUGGGCCCAGUAGCCACCACUGUCUGGGCUGCCGGGAGGAUUACUGGUACCACACACAGUCGGGGAGGUGUCUGAAGGCCUGUCCCCUUGGUUACUACCAUGACACCUUGUCCAAAACAUGCCGCAAGUGCCACCCUAGCUGCAACACCUGCAACGGUGAGGGCCCUCUCGCCUGUGAAUCGUGUUACAAAGGAUACGACUUCUUGGUUGGCAUCUGUGAAUCUCAAUGUAUGCUGGGUUUUUAUGCUACACCCCAGGAGUCCGCCCAUUGGGAGCCAAACUGCCAGCCGUGUGAGCCCAGCUGUCUGGACUGCCGCGGCCCCAGCCAAUGGAACUGCACCGUGUGUCCAAGCCUCCAGCUGCUGUCUGAGGACGGCCGCUGCAUGUCCUGCUGCAGCAAGGAAACGCACAGCGACCGUAGGGAGCCCAUACCGUACGAAUGUUGCGACUGCCAGGCCUCCAUAGUGGAUUGUGUCCCGGGUUUCAACGUGGUGCCGAGGGGAGCUGAGGAGCUGGCGGGCAGCCGGGCCGGGCUUUGGGUGGCUCUCUGCGUCCUGCUGACCGGAGCCAUUGGUGGGACGCUCUUCCUCCUCCUCCAGGCUCGCUCCAAAGCCCAGCCGGUGUUCAGAGCCCUCAAGGCCAAGGCCGGUGGCUACCAGAAACUCGAUGGCCGGAGGGUUGGCUUGGCGCGGACCGCCGCCACCUCGUCCCUUGGUCAGUACAGCGACCACAUCGUCCAGAGCGAUGGUCGAGACGAUGAGGACGGCGAGGAAGAGGAUGAGGAAGAGGAGAACAUUGUGUACAUGGGCCAGGAUGGAACAAUGUACCGCAAGUUCAGGUACGGACCCCUGGAUGAAGACGAGGAGGUUGAGCUGGAGUACGACGACGAGAGCUACUCCUUCAGAUCCCCGUGAUCGACCAAUCUCCACCUCUUAAGAGGUUUAAAGGCUGCUGUAGGAAGAAUGGGGGAGACAUAAAGAGAGAGGAGCAGAAGACACGAAGUGUUUGAGAAUAUAGAAUCCCCCCAAUUCCUAUAUGGUGGAAGACCACCACAUCCCGUGAUGCAUUUCGACGUUCUGAUGCUCUAUUGGUCAGAAAUGAGCCAGGAGAGGCCCAGGCUCUCAUAGCUGAUGUAUGGGAAUGCAAUUUCUGUAAAAUAGUAAGUCUUACCUAAAGUACCUGUAACUCAGGAUAGGUUCAACAUUAAACACUAUUGCAACUUGGGCCAUUCAACUAAUGGCCUAAUUUUAUUGUAAAAGAUUUUUUUUUUUUUUUAUAGUUUAACUUUUUUCUUACUCCACUCAAAUACACUUUAAGAACUCAAUAUAAAAAGGGUAAAGAAAUUAUUAAGUAAAUAAUGUGUCAAUUCUUCAUUUUCAUUAUUUUCAUCCAGGGAAAUCUGUAUGAAGUUUUUAAAUGAAACCUGGUCUCAAAUGGUAUUACUUAAAUAUAAUAUUGCACAAAUAUUUUAUACAGGGGAUAAUGUGUGAUAAUAUUAGAGGUUAUACAUAGCAAUUUAAAUUAUGCAACACUUGAUGUUAACUUUAUUUACAUUGAUGAACUACUGCAUGAUGUUAUCAAAUGAGAACAAUCUAUGGAUUGCAGAUAAUAUGGGUGGAACAGCUAUAGAGCGGCACAUAAUUCAUAUUUAAAAUAAUAAUUAAACAUGUUUAGUACAUCCAAGUCACAUUUACUGUCUUGAGUUGUUUGAGGAAAAGGUUUGAUAUUAUGGAUUAACUAAUGGCAACCAUGCUCCCUCUUUAACACAAUCCAGAUUACAAUUAAAGACAAUAACAAAUAUUGGUCAUUGAAGAGUCAAACAAAGACGCCUUGAUGUUACAACAUGAAGCUCAGUAACCCUUUCCCAGAUCUAGGAAUAAACACCUGACUACA